CGUUUGUUGCGAGAUAUGGUUUAUCAUAAUUGAUUCCGUGGUAUCACCAUCUAUAUUGAAAUGGUAUUUUUGAUGAGCGUAUUUGGAUCUUUGUACAAGCAAAGGCUGAUUUGCCAUGGGUUUUGAACGUGUUAUUGAUGGAGUUAAUGGAACUUUGACACAUGGUUGGUAGUUUGAUACACCAAUUUGCAAUGGGUUGAGCCGGAUUGGCUACUUUUUCAAGUUUGGGUUUGUUACUCUUGUUCAGCAUACACUUGCAAUUUAGGAUAUAGAAAUUAUUAAUUUUCUUGUUAUUGUUUUGUUCUGAUUUGAUGUGUUUAUAUAUUAUUAUCUCCAGUCCUUUUUAUAUCAAGAGUUGAGCAAAAAAAACUUUUGUAAGAACCUAGAAUAAAUAUUUAAUAUAUUCUUUGUUUUCUAACAGAGAGGACUUGAGGAUGUCAUGAACCACCUUCUGUAAGAAUCCAGAAAUUGCAUCAUAACCUGCCAAUGCAAUUUCUGGAUUGCACGUCAAGUGAAGAGAAAGGAGUUCCUGAUGAGUUUGACCGUUUCUUGAUGGACCCUGUUCCUUUUGUGUCUGAAUAUGCAAAAAAAAUGUCUCUGCCCAACCACAUUGUUUUAUUUGAUUCAGAAGAACAAAAAUUGAGGAACCUUUUGAUUUCAUUUGAUUAUAGAGAGGAAAAAAGAUUUUUUAAUGCUCACUUCAAGGUUGAUCGUGAUCUUCAAGCUUCAAUUGUUGUAUACGUUCGAACAAGAUAGCAAUAUUCACCUGUUCUGCAGCAA